AUGGCUGGCACCUUCUGCCGUCUGCUGGCCGGGCGCGCGGCGCCCGCGCUGUUGGCCGCCGCGGGCACGGGCGCGCUGGCCACGGGCUACCUGCUGGGCCAGCACAACUCCGUCAGCGCCGCCGUGCAGGAGAAGAGGAAGCUCUUCCCGCCCAGCGCUGACUACCCCGACCUGCGCAAGCACAACAACUGCAUGGCCGAGUGCCUGACCCCGGCCAUCUACUCCCGCCUCAGGGACAAGAUGACCCCCAACGGGUACACCCUGGACCAGUGCAUCCAGACCGGGGUGGACAACCCUGGCCACCCCUUCAUCAAGACCGUGGGCAUGGUGGCUGGGGACGAGGAGUCCUACGAGGUGUUUGCUGAGAUUUUUGACCCUGUCAUUAAAGCCAGGCACAAUGGCUACGAUCCACGGACAAUGAGGCACCACACGGACCUGGAUGCAUCCAAGAUCACCCACGGGCAGUUCGACGAGCGCUACGUGCUGUCGUCGCGGGUGCGCACGGGGCGCAGCAUCCGCGGGCUGAGCCUGCCGCCCGCCUGCAGCCGCGCCGAGCGCCGCGAGGUCGAGAACGUCGUGGUCACCGCGCUCUCCGGCCUGCGCGGCGACCUCUCCGGCAAGUACUACAGCCUCACCAGCAUGACCGAGCGUGAGCAGCAGCAGCUCAUCGAUGAUCACUUUCUCUUUGACAAGCCUGUGUCCCCUCUGCUGACAUGUGCUGGGAUGGCCCGUGACUGGCCGGACGCCAGGGGGAUCUGGCACAACAAUGAGAAGACAUUUCUCAUUUGGAUUAAUGAAGAGGACCACACCAGGGUGAUCUCCAUGGAGAAGGGUGGCAACAUGAAGCGUGUCUUUGAAAGAUUCUGCCGCGGAUUAAAAGAGGUAGAAAGGCUGAUCAAGGAGCGGGGCUGGGAGUUCAUGUGGAACGAGCGCCUGGGCUACGUGCUGACCUGUCCCUCCAACCUGGGCACGGGGCUGCGCGCAGGCGUCCACGUCAAGCUGCCCAGGCUCAGCAAGGACCCCAGGUUCUCCAAAAUCCUGGAGAACCUGCGGCUGCAGAAGCGUGGCACCGGCGGGGUGGACACGGCAGCUGUGGCUGACAUCUACGACAUCUCCAACCUGGACCGCCUCGGGCGCUCUGAGGUGGAGCUAGUCCAGAUUGUCAUCGACGGGGUCAAUUACCUGGUUGACUGCGAGAAGAAACUGGAAAGAGGCCAAGACAUCAAGGUGCCACCCCCCCUGCCUCAGUUUGGCAGGAGAUGA